AUGGCCACGCUGCUCCGCAAAAUCGGGCUGAUCCGCCUGCACAACCGGGACACCGAGGACCCCAAGCACCACCACCACCACCGCGGCGGCGGCGGCCAGCAGAGCGCGUCGCUGCGCGGCAAGGGCGGCGCCAAGAGCGGUGGGCACAAGCCCCCGCCGCCGCCGCAGCAGCCGCAGCCCGGGAGCGCGGGCGACGCGAGCCCCGGGCCCGGCAAGGGCAAGGGCAAGCGCGCGGCGGAGCCGGCCCCGCGCGACAAGGCGCCGCAGCCGGCGGCGGGCGCCGGGGGCUCCCGGGAGCGGGCGGCGGGCGCCAGGGCGGGGCCGGGCCCCGCGGCGGCGGCUGCGAGUGGCAGCCUGGUGCCAGCCGCGCGCCAGCAGCACUGCACGCAGGUGCGCAGCCGGAGGCUCAUGAAGGAGCUGCAGGACAUCGCGCGGCUCAGCGACCGCUUCAUCUCCGUGGAGCUGGUGGACGAGAGCCUGUUCGACUGGAACGUGAAGCUGCACCAGGUGGACAAGGACUCGGUGCUGUGGCAGGACAUGAAGGAGACCAACACCGAGUUCAUCCUGCUCAACCUCACCUUCCCCGACAACUUCCCCUUCUCGCCGCCCUUCAUGCGGGUGCUCAGUCCGCGCCUGGAGAACGGCUACGUGCUGGACGGCGGCGCCAUCUGCAUGGAGCUGCUCACGCCGCGCGGCUGGUCCAGCGCCUACACCGUGGAGGCCGUCAUGCGCCAGUUCGCCGCCAGCCUCGUCAAGGGCCAGGGACGAAUCUGCAGGAAAGCCGGCAAAUCCAAAAAGUCCUUCAGUCGCAAGGAAGCUGAGGCCACCUUUAAGAGCCUGGUGAAGACGCACGAGAAGUACGGCUGGGUGACGCCCCCUGUGUCCGACGGCUGAUGCUGGCGUGGGCCGAGCACGCCGGAGCCCGCUGCCCUCCGGCUCCCUCCACCUCCUCCUCCACGCUGCGCAUCCUCCAUCCUUUUUGACUCCAGCCAGAACUGCACCCGGAAUGUGAAGGCGACAUUUCAGUUACUUAGGGACAGACGUGUUGACCGAGAGAGAAGAGUGGGGGCAGCCCACGCUGUCAAGUUCUGUGCCUGUUGUGAAUGUGUGAGCAUCUCCAAGUCGCUUCAAAGCCAGUGUUGCCGCGGUGACAUUUCCCAGCCCCCCAUACCUCCGCCAGCCCCAGCCCCAGCCCUUGGCUUCUCUCUCCCAGGA